AUUUAUCUGAAAACACCGAUGCAGUUCAAGUGAUCCAAGGUGAAUGAAUUACUUGUUGGUUUGCCAGACUUGGGGAAAGCAGGCAGCGUCUCGUAGCAGCGAUUUUUUUUUUGCUGAGUUCGUAGACGUCUCGGCUGUAAAUUCAACUUUUCGGCAGAAACAAGAUGAGGGGCUGUAGCGUUCUCGCUGUUCUUGUUACUUUUGUUGCGUUGUCUGAAUCAAGAUACCAUGACAAAUCUGAAACCAAUCUGAAAGAUUUACUCUCAAGAUCUCGAAGACAGGCAUCUCGAUAUUCUAGGAAGUACAACGAAUACAUGAUAGAAUCAGCAAAAAUUCUCCUUGACGCAGUGGGCACUGACUUUUGCAAGGGUGAUCCAUAUAGAGGUGCGCAGUGUUUUGAGGAGGAGCUGUGUGUCGCUUGGGAAGAGAUCUGUGAUGGGUACCAAACAUGUGCGCUAGGUCAGCUAUCGGCUUGCCUAAAUCAGACACUCCACGAUUACGGAUAUGAAGAUAAGUCGAAAUGUUCUGGAGAGGAGAAGCAGGAAUGGUGUGCAUUACGUCUGUACACCCCUACAAGAUGUGGUCGGGAUAUUGAACUGAAAGCGCAGGGUAGAGAGACUAUUACAUCACCCAACUACCCCGCUCGCUACGAGGAUGACAUGGAGUGCUUCUGGAGUGUCAAGGUACCCGAGGGACGCAAGAUUACUGUAUCGAUCAAAGACUUCCAGACUGAGCCAGAAGUGGACUACGUCAGCAUGGGUAACGGAUUGAGAGAUACAAAGAAAAAAGAAAACUAUAUCAUCUAUCGCCACACUGGAUUAGAUUUACCAAAACCUAAAAACUUCACCACCUCUGGUAACGAAUUGUUCAUCACAUUUACCAGCGAUGAUUGGGAUCGAGAGGCUGGCUUCAAUAUUGAUGUAGCUGAUUCAGCAGUGUAUGACCCACAAGUACCAGUUGCCAGCAGUCCAUUCCCGUUCAAAGUUGACAGAAACUGCAACGAGAAAAUAGAACUAGAUGUUGGUGAGUCGAAAAAGAUUACAUCGCCAAACCAUCCAGGAUAUUACAACAACAGUCAAAGUUGCACGUGGUCUGUCAGAAUCACACCUGGUCGACGAGUAGGUAUAACUUUUACAAGAUUUGAUGUCGAAGAUAUUGUUGAUAGGGUAGAGGUAGGAUCUGGAGCCGAACCCGCUCUACCAGAAAAAGUUUUUACAGGAAGGGAUUUACCAGACCCUUUCGUUUCAUCUACAAGUGAAUUGUGGGUACGGUUGGUCACGAAUCCUGCUCUACGAAGGACUGGAUUCGAAGCUAUUGUUCGUGACCAGCCCUAUAAUGAGUGUGGUGGUGACAUUGAAAUUCCGGACAGGGGGAGCUCCUCUAUUGCAUCUCCAUACUACCCCGAUCGUUCAUACACCCUCGACGCAUUCUGCUUAUGGAAGGUUAAGUCGCCACCUGGUACAGAGUUGAGCUUUUACUUCAGGGAUUUCCGUACCGAAUAUAUGUUUGAUAGCAUGAGCUUAGGAAGUGGCGAAAAACCUGCCGUUAAUGGUGAAAACUAUGCUAUCACACUACACACGGGCACAAAACUACCAGAACCUGCAAACAUCACAAUUGGAAACAAUCUAGCUUGGUUGGUGUUUUCUUCAGAUUAUUCACAGGCAGAUAAAGGUUUCUUUGUCGAUGUUUACGAUGCUGCCGUCAAAAAGUCCAAUACAACAUUUCGACCCAAAGAAGGGCCAAAGGUGGACAACGGGUGUGGCGACAUCAUAGUAGUAAAGAAAACCAAUUUUGAGCUAAGUUCACCUGGCUCUCCUAACUACAACCCAAUGAUGGAUUGCACGUGGUUAUUGUCUUUCCCAAUCGCAGCGGAGUUAUACGUACGGUUUAUGAGAUUCGAAACAGAGAUGGCAAAUGACUUGUUUGAGAUGGGAACUGGCAACGAUGCAGAUGACCCAAGUUCAAUAUUUCUGUCACACAGUGGUACAGAUAGACCUUACGACUUCUUCUCUAAUGCAACUGAUCUUUGGAUUCGAUUCAGGACUAACUUCAUUGUCGAAAUGAAGGGAUGGAGCAUAGAAUUCGAUUCCUUGCCUGACACUAGUGAGUACUCUUAUGCAUUUUCUUAA